AUGGCCGAGGCGGCGGCCCGGCACGAGCUGUACACACAGCAGCAGUGGGCCCACCAGCGGGCCGAACGCGCCGAGCGAAACGCCGAAAGACUGGAGAGGGAGAUACAGGCGCAAGCCGCCUCGGCCGCCGCGUCAGAGUCCCUCGCCGAGCUACACUACGUCGACAGCCUGUCCGGGUCCGUUCAAUCCAUAUGCAAGGCGCCGAUAGCCAGCCUGGACUGCAUGGCCGACCUGGGCAGCACCACGGAACAGCUGUGCGCCAAGCUGCAAGCGGCCGCGGUCAAGGAGUCGGUUGACCGGGUGUCGUCAGCGGCGCAGUCGCCUAGCCUGACGUCAGGGCUCCGGUACCGGAACCUGGGAAAGAGCGGCUUGCGCGUGUCCAACAUCGGGCUGGCCACGUGGACAACGUACAACACGGCCAUCAAUGAAGAACAGCUGGACGCGGUGGUGACGGCCGCGUACAAUGCCGGCAUCAACCUGUUCGAUCUGACCGAGGGUCCACAGAGCAGCGAACAGGCUGAGACCCAGCUCGGUGCCAUACUCAAGAGGAAAAACUGGAAACGUGUGUCGUACAGCGUCAUCACCAAAAUACACUGGCACUAUAAAUCCGAAGAACGAGGGUUGUCACGUAAACAUAUCAUCGAAUCGGUUCGAUCGUCUGUCGCUAGGCUUGAACUCGACUACAUAGACAUAGUUCUAAUACAAAAAGCCGAUCCGAUGUGUCCGCUCGAAGAAGUAGUUAGAGCCAUGGAUUUUCUUGUAUCGGAAGGACUAAUAAUGUAUUGGGGCACAGCUAAAUGGUCACCGAUCGAUGUCACGGAAAUGUACACUGCUUGCAGACAAUUGAAUUGCUCUACACCUAUCUUAGAACAAUCCGAAUAUCAUAUGUUAUGCAGGGAAAAAGUUGAGAUUUAUAUGCCUGAACUGUACAAUAAAAUCGGAGUGGGUUUAAUGGCUUGGUCGCCAUUAGCCAUGGGAUUAUUGCCUUCUUUUAAAGAUUCGCUCAGAAGCCGAUCGUCCAAUAGGACUAAAGCUUCCAGUAUCAGUUGGAACCAAGACGAUCGAAAACCUCCCAGUAAAGAGAACAACGAACCAUUAACAGCAAGAAAUACUAAGGAAAUAUUGUUUUCAAUUUCAUUAAUAGCAGACCGUCUAGGCUGUAGCUUAGUUCAACUGUGUAUAGCGUGGACAUUAAAAAACGAAAGUGUUCAGUGUCUCUUACUAGGAGCAGCAACAACACACCAGUUUUAUCACGCUUUGCACGGACUACAGUUGUUGCCAAAACUCAACUCAAAUGUAAUGGCUGAAUUGGAGCGUAUACUGGAUAAUAAGCCGGUACGACCGCCAAUGGUAUCAACUCUAGCAAUGAGAUGA